CAAUAUACUACAAGAGUGAAACGCUGUGAUAGUAUUUUUUCUCAAAUUUUCAUCUUUUAUUUUUAUUUCUUCCACAAUGCUAGCAACUUGACUGCACGUGUUGAAUCCAGUGUGGCCAGAAAAUUUUUGUUGAAAAUCCAUAAGGUUCGCUAUUGGAUAAUGAUAAUGUUUUUAUAAAGUUAAUUAUAGAAAUUUUAAUUUGGACCAAAAUGACUUACCCUUAUGUUUUAACAAAUAGUGAUCCAUACUUUUUAUCUUAUGGAAAGUCAUAAAGCCGAGUGUGAGCUGCACAAAGCCAACUUUGAGCGCGAAUUUUCACAGGCAAAAUCUAUUCAAAAACAAAUUCAUAAAUUUCAUUAUUAAUGUCUACCUGUCGUGCACGGAAAAUUGAUGACAAAAACUAAAAGUUUUUUGCCAACCAUCCAAAAAAAAAAACCAAUCUUCAAGCGCUGGCAAAUAUUUUCACUUCGAGCGUUGGCAUCAGGAACGCGCCUUCUCCUUUACCCAAAUACGUUUUUUGAAUGGAUGAAAAGAAAAGGCACGCUCCUGAUGUUCACUCUCGCUACAAUUACAACGUGUUGUCUCUUUUUAUAGAUUCAUGUUCUUUGGUAUGGAGUUUUAAUUUUGUUAUAAUUAUCUUCAUGUGAAUAUAUUUCUGAUUAUUUAUGAAAAAUAUCUUUUUUGAAGCUAAUAGACUUCGGGCAACACUGAUUGAAUCAGUCAAAAAUGUGUACAGAGCUUCUCAAACUUUUGCGAUUAAUUCGUUACCCAGUUUAAUCGAUAUGCCGAUUACUCCGAAUUAUCACCAGUUCUGAUUACAAACAGCUGUUUGCUGCGUGGAUAAUUGGUUUUUUUCGUUGACAAAACUUUAUACACGAUUGUAUAGCUCAGAAGGAAAGUACUAUAUAUUUUCCUCAUUUUCUUGUUGACGAAACAUUUCGAGAAGUGACGAAAAAGAUCAAGAGUAGUCGGUACUUUUAACCAACGUCAGCAAAAACACGGUGCCAUUCCGGACGUGAGCGUGUCUCGAAUCGAACGCUGCAAUUUAUUUAUAGCGGUUUAUUCACAAAAUGUGGUCUAAUAACAAUCACAAGUCGCCGCUUAUGUUGUUGGUUGUGUGUUUGCUGUUGACCUGUUUUUAUCCCAGCAGCGUACUGGGAAACCUCAAGGUCAUCUACGCGGUGAAUGCUGGCGGCCAGGAACAUACUGACAAACAUGGCAUACAUUAUAGUGCUGAUCCAUUACAUGGACGCAUUGGUACGGCAUCCGAUUAUGGUAAUCAUCUACUAUUGAUAGGACGCGUGGCGGAACAAGACGAGGUACUCUAUCGCACGGAGCGCUAUCACACGGCAACCUUCGGUUAUACAUUACCGAUAGACGGCGAUGGCGAGUAUGCGCUGAUAAUGAAGUUCUGCGAGGUCUAUUUUAAUGAGCCGAAUAAAAAGGUAAGCGCUUCUAUCUGUUGAUAGACGAACAGCUUUUAUAAUUAAGGGUACCGAUAGGCAUUAUCUGUAAUUUCAAUACACUUAUUGGUAAUGGAAAUUAUUGGAAACGCCCACUGCAUUUAAUAACUUAAUAUACAUAUAUAUGUAUAUGUAUUUAUGUAAGAUUCAUUAUCAAAUUUCUAGAGGAGUAAUUAUCAUGAAUUUGGGAGAUAAUGAGCCGGAACGUUAAUCGAAUCAAAAUUUAAAACGAUUCGAAUUAUAGUGCUAAAGAGAUUUUAUA